AAUGAUAUUAGAGAUUGCUUAGCGCGCAGAAUAAAUUGACAGCGCAGGCUAACUGUUAUUUCUAUUCAUCGGAGAUUUCGUAAACCAAAAUUAUAUUCUGGUCUUCUCGAUUAAAUUACUCCUUCGAUAGAUUUGUAGGCAUCUGUUUUGUGAUUCUGUUGGCUCCACUUCGAAUUGUAAUGGUUCAUCGUCCGCAAACUCCCGUAACAUGCACAUGAGUAAUAACCUUGGACUUAAAGUCGAACAAGUUCGUUGGUUUUAUCGCGACUCCAACAACAAACGUUGGGUACCGUUUAGUGGUUACGAUUCUAUCAAUUUGGAGUUGAAUUAUCGAAGCCGCCUUGUCUGUAAUAAAAGCGACUGUCCGGUUGAUCAAACUGGAGCUGGAAUAUGCAACUCAAAACAGUCUUCCGUCAAUCACAAAGUAUCUGUAAGGGGUGGACUUUAUGAAGCAGAUAUUGAUAGGCGAUGUUGUGUUCCUACUUACUGGCCGGGUAAAUUUCGUUUAAGAUACGAUGUAUUCCUGUGUCGUUUAUAUCUGCUUAAGUCUACUGUGUGAUUUUAUUUCGUUCUCUGCUUUUCCAUUCUGAGUAUCAGUUCCUUUAUUGUCUACUGGGACUCAAUAUCAUUCAAAGAUACAAUACAGACGAACUAUAGUCAGUUAAAGCUGCUAAUUUUGAAUGUUUCAGUUAAACAUGAUGUACUUUAACUUCUAGUUCUUUGUAUUACGCCUGAAGUAGAAUUUUUUAUAUCCUUAAAACGUCAUUUUUCUAUAGCGAAGGCGCUUAGAUAUUUUUUAAAUCAGGCAAGGGAUACGCAUUUCCGUAUAUUUUAAGCGUGUUGGUUGGUAUGUGUUUACUGAAGGGUAGACCAGCGAUCUGUUUUUCAUCUUAAAUAACUGAAUAUAUUCCCCCACAGUGGGUAAAAUAGUUAAGCAGUAAUUGCAUGUGUUAUCAGUAUGAAAGAUAAGAUUUUAAACCCGUCUUAAAUUACAAACAUGAAACCUUUAUUUAAGAACUGAGUUCUUCAGUGUUCGCUAAAACUAAUUUUGUCUACAUCUCAUUGAUUUCAGUAACCGAUUACUGUUAUUAGAUAUGCGUAAACUGUAUUUUGGUUUCUCUUCAGUUGAAAGGUGUCCCGCACGUAUUUUGCGCGGCACUUGGUUUCGCGAAGGUUAUGGUGGUACCCUUGAACCUUUUGAUGAUGAGUCAAUGGCUGAACGUUUAGAAGCGGAGUACAUCACUUGGUACUUAAGAAAACCUCAGAAUAUCGCUAUCUCGGAUAAACCUUUGUACUCAAAUAGCAGUUUGUUCACUAGAAUAGAUGUCAGCACACCACUUCAUUCUGUUGUUAGCGCUCCAACUCUUCGGUAUGCAGAUGCUAUAAAAGCAAGCGAAUUGGUUGACGAAAAUUCUCAGUCCUCUCGUUCUGAAAAUAAAGAUUUAACAAUUGGAGUAGAAAACUAUUCAGAUGAUAACGUCUGUGGUUCCACUGUGUUGAAAAAACGAGUUCCUUGCCAAACGAUUCACUUCACUGAUUGUCAUGUCGAUUGUUAUGGAGAAAAUGAGUUGUAUUUGUAUUAUGAAUCCACUAGCUUAUAUAUCAGACAAAAACUGGGAAUGCAGAAAGUCGGUACUCGUUUGUGUCGUGGUUUUAAUGAUUUGGCCCUAAAGGAGGAUAAAAUCGCCGAUGUUUCUCACCUUUGUUUUGUUAUCCAUGGGAUCGGUCAAAAAAUGGGUACCAACCUUAUUCUGAACAAUUGCAAUGAGCUUCGUGAUACUUGUGACAAAAUAAAAACUCGUUACUUUUCACAUUUGGAUAAAGAAAAUAAACGUGUGGAAUUUUUACCUGUUGAAUGGCGAACUGUUUUACAGUUAGACGGUAAUACAGUUGAAUCAAUCACUCCUGUUCAUCUUCGAGGACUUCGUACAGUUCUGAAUUGUUCUGCUAUGGAUAUUAUGUAUUAUACUAGUCCUUUGUAUCGAGCUGAAAUUAUUUGCAGUUUAAAAAGUGAACUCAAUAGGUUAUAUGAUAUGUUUCGUCGGUUGAAUCCUGAUUUUGAAUCUCGAGGUGGAAAAGUUUCAAUAAUUGCUCAUUCUCUUGGAUGUGUCCUAGUUUACGAUCUAAUCACCGGCUGGAAUCAAGUCCAUGAUAAUGAUCCAUUAACUGAAAUCUUAUUAAAUAAAUCAACUGAUAAAAAUAUAUUUUUCCAUUCAGCUUCCACAAAAUUGUCAAAUAUUACGGAUAAGACUUUACCAAACAAUAACUUGAAUGUGCUAUAUCCUGAUCACAGACUGUCGUCUAAUGGAAACUUGGAACAAAUUGCUCGUGUUAAUAUUCGGUUGGAAACUGCAAGGACAUUGGUGAAUAAUUUAGAACAGGAAUUAAGCAGCUUGCUAUUUACUCGUGACAAUCACAUGAAUUGUGAUUCUCAGAAGUCAAAUGUUAGUAAUAAUCAUCAGGACAACCAGUCAGUAUAUAGUAAACCUUCAGUAUGUCACCCAAACUCUUCAUUACAUCAACAAAAUCCUUUAUUGUUUGCGGAUAAUCUAGAAAAUCUUUUCUGCUUGGGCUCACCUUUGGGCGUGUACUUGGUUUUGCGUGGUAUCCGCCCUGGUCCUUUUCAAACUCAAGACUCAAUACUUCCUCGAAAAAUUUGUCCCCGGAUUUUUAACAUUUACCACCCAGCAGAUCCUGUAGCUUAUCGUUUAGAACCAUUAAUUUUAAAAUAUUAUUCCACUAUCCAACCAGCUCUAAUUCAUCGAGUUGAUGCUGUUUCAAAACCAUGCUAUGACACACUUCCUUUGCUUGAAUAUUCUGGUAAAGAAUUCAAACAUCCAAAACCACAAAAUUGUCAUCAACAAGUAGCGAAGAACCCUUGCUCAGAUACAAAUCAACUUAUAACCACACAAGAUGCAGAUUCCUCUAGACGUUCAUCAAUCGCUAGUCGAUUAUUUGGUUUCUUCUCACGAGCACCAUAUUUACCUGGUGGAAGUCAAGAAACAGGAGGAAUAGAUCUUACUCUUUCCGAAAAAUUAUCUAACCAUGACAAUGAUGAGAAAAUUAAUUCUAUAGAGAAAUGUUCUGAAUUUUGUAAUUCUACAAAUAAAAAAAAUCAAAAAACAACAAAUUCAUUUACUUCAUCAUUAUCAUCUAAUGAUUUAUUUGAAAAUGAUUUAUGUUGUUAUGAACCGUUACAACUUGAAUGUCGAUUAGAUUUUGAAUUACAAAUAUCACGUUAUGAAAAUAUGUACCUUUCUCUAUUGACUUCACAUACUAGCUAUUGGACUAAUCCAGAUAUUUGUAUGUUUAUCAUGACAUAUUUAUUUCCAUUAAAACCCGGUUCAACAGAUUAAAAUAAUCAUAAUACCAUUUGUGUUUAUCUCCAAAAAUAUUGGUUUAUUCUGUUUUUUUUCUUUUUCUUUUUCUUUUUUAAAAAAAAUUUUUUUAUUUACUUUUUGUUGGUAAAUAUUUCUACCGUAAGAUGUUGUUAUGCUUUAUUUUAUUUAGAUGUUCAACUUUGUCAUACUACUAUCUUCUUGUUAAAUAGAUUAUAAGAUUACCAACCACUUACUUACAUCAUUUAAUAAGUUAUUAUUUUAUAUUUCCAUUAUCAUCAAUCCACUUAUUUAAUAAAUAAAAUUUAUCAGAAACUAAGUAAGAAAAACAACUGAAUUCUUUACAUACAGCAUUACACAUUCUGUAUAUUUGUGUAUUCUAUUUAUGGAUGGAUGAUUAGUCUAGAUCAUUAAUUCUAUCCUUAAGUCUUUCAACAAUUAUGUACUUUAAAUGUUUGUUAUUAUUGUCAAUGUUAUUGUAUUCACCAUCUCUAUAGAGUUCUGAUAAUUUGAUCAUUGUCACUACAAGAAAGUAUCAUAUAUUGUAAAUUAAUUUCUCCUAACAUACUAUAUGUAUUCAUUCAUUUAUCAGACGUUUAUUUUCUCUUUCUCUCUCUCUCUUUUCAUUAUCACUUUUUUUCCAUCAAUAUUUCAAUAAUUUUACUUGAUAUAAUUGAAGCUUUUCAAUAUUUUUAUCAUUAUUCCAAAUAAUACUCAUUUAUUAUUGUAUAUAAAUGUAGAAUGCAGUGGAAGUGUUAGGUUGAGAUCAUGUCUUUUGUUGUUAAACAGUCGUUGUGGUUUAAUUUUAAUGUAUAUAAUUUCGUUAUAAGAGUACAACCAGAAAUUUGAGUGAGGAAACCAAACACAAAUAGAAAGCUUUUAGUGGCUAGCCCGAAUGGAAAUUAUACAUGCGCCUAUUCAUUGAUAUGGAAAUUUGAGUCAAACUUUUAGUCGAUAGCGUAUAUCUAUCAACCUCGAAUAAUUCAACUAAAUCUUAACCAAUGGUAUGCACACAUUAACAGCUCUCAUCAUUUGAUCAUGAAUUGAUAUGUCUGACCGACUCAACCUAUCACAUUUCCUCUUUGAAAAAUAUGUCUGGCUUUAUAGAUCCGACUACAUGAAUAAAAGUGGGGGCACAUCAAACCUUAACUUUUUCGAUGUUCAUUAGGUGUAUCACAACCAGCACUUUCAGCUAUUUUUCCAUUCAUUUUAGUAUGCGAGCGACAGUUAUUAGCAUGUAAUUUUCAUUUUGUGUUUCUCAUCUGGGAUUUUUACCCGGAAUAUACCGACAUAUUGAUAUUAGGAUAGUUGCAGAUAACUUCAAAUUUCCUCAACUGUUACCAAUAUUAAUCACACAUUACUAAAGUUGGAAUUUUGGAAUUCCAAUUUUCCUCUGGAUUAUCGUAACGAGUUAUAUAAUCAGUUCAAGACAAUAUACUUUCAUGUCAUUGACGGAACUUAUUUGAACAUUUCAAGGUCUUUGAUUCAACAUGCAAUCUUUGAUAGUUAUUUUAUUGAAGAAUGAAAUUUAUCUUCUAAAAUAAUUUUAAAUAUACCGCUAUGUAACUACCACUUUUGAUCACUUGAUCCGUCGAUACAAGGAUUACAAUUAUUUUAGAAUUUUCUUACAACAUUGAGAUGAUUUUUUUGGAAUUGAAAUAGUUCUGGUAUCCUAACACCAAGUAUGUAUAACAGCUCAUACAAACUCAUUCUGUUUUAUCUCCGAGUUAUUGUUGUUAAAAGUUCAUUUCAGUGUUCCGAUAUCCAAUACACAGUAGUUUGUAAAAUCUAAUUAGCGCUUUUUCCUGAUUUCUUCCUCCGCUGGAAUCUGGUUUGUUCUCUCCCACAGUAGGCUGUUGCUGAUAGUGUCUGGCCAA